AUUUUUGUCAGUUGGAACCAAACUUCCCGUUUUCUAAACGCAUAUCGUAUGUACAUUAGCAUUCUAUAUAUUGAGCACAUGAUUCCUCACUUGCCUCGCAAUUGCCUUUACUUUUACAGAAUCGUUCCACUGGGUCCUACAAAUCUCACCACCGUUAACCACCUACACCGGCCACCGUCCCAAUCCUAAUUAAUGGCCGCAAAAGUCAUCUCCAGUGGAUUCCGGUAUACUACUCUACCGGAGAGCUACGUCCGUCCGGUUAACGACAGACCUAACCUAUCUCAAGUUUCCGAUUGCAACGACGUUCCUGUUAUUGACAUCGGUUGUGGUGAUAGACAACUCAUAAGCCAACAAAUUGGCGAUGCUUGUAGAAGAUACGGUUUUUUCCAGGUGAUUAAUCAUGGUGUGCCUGAUGAAAUAGUGGAGAAAAUGCAACAAGUAGGUAGGGAGUUUUUCCUGUUGCCUGUGGAAGAGAAGAUGAAGCUUUACUCAGAGGAUCCAUCCAAGACGAUGAGGCUAUCCACCAGCUUUAACGUCCAAAAAGAACAAAUUCAUAACUGGCGAGAUUAUCUCCGGCUUCACUGUUAUCCUCUGGAUCAAUACAGUCCUGAAUGGCCUUCGAAUCCUUCUUAUUUCAAAGAAUAUGUUGGUAAUUAUUGUACAGCAGUCCGAGAUUUAGGAAUGAGAAUAUUAGAAUCAAUAUCAGAAAGUUUAGGGUUACAAAAAGAAGAAAUAAAAACUAUAUUAGGCGAUCAAGGUCAACACAUGGCCAUCAACCAUUACCCAGUGUGCCCUGAGCCCGAGCUAACCUACGGGCUACCCGGGCAUACAGAUCCCAACGCCCUCACCAUCCUCCUACAAGACACAUUGGUCUCUGGUCUUCAGGUUCUCAAAGAUGGUAAAUGGUUAGCCGUUAAACCACACCCUAAUGCGUUUGUAAUUAACAUUGGUGAUCAGUUAGAGGCGGUGAGUAAUGGUGAAUAUAAAAGUGUAUGGCAUCGAGCUGUGGUUAACUCAGACAACCCGCGAAUGUCUAUAGCUUCGUUUUUGUGUCCUUGUAAUGACACGGUUAUAAGGGCUCCUAAAGAAAUAAUAAAGGAAGGAUCAAAACCUGUUUUCAAAGAAUUUACUUAUGCAGAAUACUAUGCGAAGUUUUGGACUAGAAACCUUGAUCAAGAACAUUGCUUAGAAUUCUUCAAGAACUAG